AAUUAUUGAACAGUAACAAAACGGUUUAAAUAUCUAGAAGAACUAGUUGAAAUUAGAUAAUAUGAUUAAUCUUUAAGGUGGUUGCAAAAAGCACAUUCAUUCAUUCAUUCAUUCAUUCGUUGGACUGCCUGCUUAUCCUUCUGCACAGCUACAUAAAAACAUUAGCAAUGCCAGUAUACAAAAGUAACUACUUACAUAAAAGUGUCAGUCCCAAAUUCAAAAUUUUACAAAUCAUAAUAUUGUCAAGUUAGUUGUUAAAUCACGUUUAACAAAUGAUCAUACAGGUCAUACAGCUACAGUAUUAUAUACUCUAACAAAUUACCUAACUAAUUAAAAAAUUUAAACUCUAUAGCAGGAUACAUGGAGAACCAAACAUAUUCAAAGAUUUGAAAGGUGUCAUGUUAAGUGGGUGAGGGGACUUAAAAUCCUGACCUCAAGAGGAAGAAAACGAUUGGUUUAGUUAUCCAGCCCAUUUCAUUUAGUUACCUCAAUUUUAAUCUAGUUUUACACGAACAAGGAAAUUUGAGUUUACAUUACUCACAUUAUCAAAUUGAUGCAAUUACAGGCAUUGUUGUGUCAAUCCAACCCAUAGAAGGUGAUCUCAGUCAAUAAAUUACUUUUAUAUGUAAACGUUCUUGCAAGUUUUAUUCUAUAUACUUUCUAUUUAUGUGCAGGGCAUACACUGAAUCUGUACAUAUACACACUUAUGAAAUUUUUUUCCCAUAUAUAUUUUAUAUUUCACCUUGUAUGAACAUGUUGCUCUACUAUACACCAUUUUUAUGUUCAACAGUGCGCAAUAUUCAGAAGUGUAACAUCAGCUACAUUACGGUUUUUAUAGUGAUCUUAAUACACUAAAUAAGGUAUCCCUACCACAAUAAGAUAUAUCAAUAUUAUCAUAAAUUACACUUGAACAUAGAAUAUUUUUCCUGUAUUUCUAUAUAUUCAGAAUUCUUUUUCUACUUUUUAAUUCUGUUGAUGGCGUAAAUGCGCUGACAAGGUUGUUGCGUAAUUUCGUUGUGGACUGUGCCAUGGAAAUAAACAAAUUCCAAUCUAUGUAAUUCUAAAUUAUACAUUUUUUUCUUGCCGCCUUGCAUUUAGUUAAGAGGUGGGAAUAAGUCCGUCGAAUUACUUUUCAGAGUGCAUAAAGACAAACGCAGAAAGUGUUUCCAAAAGACGCAGGUUGCUGGACGGUCUCCUCCUGCUCCAUCACUGCCGUUCCUCUUCCAGUCACUAGGGAGAGACUCUGAACCAGCCAAGCUCCCGUUGUUCCGCUUAAAGGGUCCCACAGCAGGCUGCUCGGUUUACAGUCUGCGCCGCACCGCCAUCCGCACACCGGCCUCCGGGACGCGUCGCACUCUCCGUCCGGGAUGGAGAAAGGCGCCUCUGAUCCGGACCCAUCCCGCCAGCGGAACGGGUUCGUGGGCGUGUUGUACGGGGAGUUCACCGACACGCUCAACGACAGGGUCCGGUACUCGGUGAGCUUAACGGAGAGCGCCCUGACCAUCCAGAGGAUCUCCUCGUCACCCGGCCGGACUAAGGUGGUUUUUAACUUGACUGACUGUAUCGGCUGCCGUGCGUACAGAGGGCCGGACAGCGCGGACGUCGGCGCGUACUUCACUGUCUAUUUCUACCCGUUCAAGAGGCGCUGGAUGAGCGCAGGAGUGACCCGGCAGAGAGUGGAGCAGUGCUUUCGGGUCGCGCUGGUCCAGGACCCGCUCCAGAACCUCCAGGAGGCUGAGAGGUGGGCUCAUGCCAUCAGGGAUGCCUCGGUGCUGCAGGCGCCCCGGAGAGACGGUGUGGUGUAUUCAGAGGUGCGUCGGCCGUGCAGAACCAUGAUUCUGGUGAAUCCUCACAGUGGGCGUGGACAGGCUCUGCAGCUCUUUACAGGCCACAUACAGGGCAUGCUGACGGAGGCAUCUGUUCCCUACACGCUUGUCCUCACAGAGCACCAGAACCAUGCGCGGGAGCUGGUGAAGAAGGCUGACCUGUCGCAGUGGGACGCGCUGGUUAUCAUGUCUGGAGAUGGGCUGCUGUUUGAGGUGAUAAAUGGUUUGAUGGAUCGAGAGGAUUGGCAAGAGGCCAUCCAAACCCCUCUGGGGAUUCUACCAGGUGGCUCCGGCAAUGCUCUGGCUGCAUCUGUCCACCACUACUCACAGUCGCCUCCAGCGUGGAAUGAGGAGCUGCUGUUGAGCUGUGGCUUCAUGCUGUGCAAAGGUCUGGUUGGAUCCAUGGACCUGGUGUCAGUCCAUUUGGCCUCGAGGCAGCGACUCUUCUCCUUCCUCUCCAUAGCCUGGGGCUUUGUGGCAGAUGUCGAUAUAGAGAGUGAGAAGUACCGCCAUGUUGGAGCUAUCCGUUUCCUGAUGGGCACUCUGGUGCGUCUGGCCACCCUCAGAGUUUAUCAGGGCAGGUUAGCAUACCUACCUGUUAAGGAAGCACCAAAACAUCCAAAAGGGAGCAUCAGAUCGAACCACCCACCCUCCACACCUCAGCACCCCUCGCUCUGCUCCUCCCUGCCCUGUCAGCUCAUCCCCAAUGCCUCUCCAAACCUGAGCUCUCGUCACAACUGCAACAGCACGAACUCCAACCACAACACAAUCGCCAACUCUUCCAACAACGCUAUCACAACCAAGAGACCUGAGACACAGAGCGACAGCAAAACCGGAGCCCCUGCGGACUCUCUGCUCCCUGGUCUGGACCAGCCAGUCCCAGAGAGCUGGACGGUGGUCAAGGAGGAGGACUUUGUCUUGGUGCUGGCGAUUUACCAGUCCCACCUGGCUGAAGACCUGUGGACUGUCCCUGGAGCGAUGGCAGACGAUGGGGUGAUUCAUUUGUUUUAUGUGACAGCUGGAAUCUCCCGACCCGCCCUCUUGCGCCUCUUCCUCGCCAUGGAGAAAGGCGCCCAUUUAGCUUGUGGCUGCCCCCACCUGGUGUAUGAAAAGGUGAGGGCCCUGCGGCUGGAGCCCAUCACCCCACAAGGCAUGAUCACUGUGGAUGGAGAGAUGGUGGAGUACGGGCCUGUCCAGGCUCAAAUCCACCCCGGACUGGCCAAACUCAUAUGUGGAUGAACUUGGAUUAUCUUAAUCUUUAUAUUGCUACAUAGCUUUGUAGUUUGGCCUUUUAUACUCAGUGUCAAUAUCUUUACGUAUGCUGUGUUUUCAGAAGUGCCAAAGACAUUUUAUCAGCCUCUGGAAAUUCCUCUAUUUUUCUACAAAAAGUAACAACUUGUCCUAUUUUUACGUCCCCUCUUUCUCUCAAUGUAUGAUUCAGGGUCAAAGCCAUGGAUGGUUGUUCUUGCUGCUGGCUGGUCCAGGCUUAGAGAAAUGGGGAGGGAUUAUGUGUGUGUGUAUGUGUGUGUGUGUGUGUGUGCAUAAGAGAGAGAGAUCUUUUUGUAAUUUUGUGUGCACUCAAGUGUGUGUAUAUGUGUGAGACUGUGCAUGAGGAGCUCCAGUGGUGCGGUUGCCGAGGAGUGCAUUGUGCACUCCACUGUCGGACCUCAUAAGCGCGGCACACGUGAAGAGAAGCAUAUUUUCCCGUCCUUGGAGGUAUCCUGGAGAAGCCACGCCCCUUGUCCCACUGUACUACACCAGGCUGACAAUCCAACUCAUGGGCGGCCAUUCUGACAGCAUCACCUCCCCCCUCAGUCUAGGAAUUAAAAAAAAGGAGCUUUCUUACUGAGGAGAUAUAAAUCCCCUGGGGAUUUAACGUCGACGGAUCUUUAAUCUUUGCAUAUAAAAACUGGAACAAUACCAGAUCUUGUCAUGACAAGUCCUAGUAUCUCCCCCCCCGUCCUCCUCCUCCUGGAAACUUCUACCAGCUGAUAAUGCAUGAAGUGCUGGCAAGGCAGACAGAAACCUGGCCAGCUGGGGUUACACCUCCACCGCCAGCCCUAUGCAUUUCCCGUCCUUUUUCAUCUGCAGCCAUCAUUAAACUGUAGGAAUUGCCUCCACUCACAUGCACAUAUACACACUUUCUUUUCCCCAUCCCCCCCUCGUGUUAUGCACAGAUCCUCACACACACACACACACACACACACACACACACACACACACACACACACACACACACACACACACACACACACACACACACACACACACACACACACACACACACGUUCCCUUGCAUCUCUGCAGCACUUAGCGAGGGGGAGGUGCAUGGUCUGCUACUGUGCAUAUGAUCCCCUCUCCUCUUGCCAUCAUCUUAAGAUUGUACUCUCUCUCCCUCCCUCGGUUAACGAGCCAUCAGCACCUAAUGUGUCCUUAAUAUGAAGCUUUACAUCUGUAAAAGUGUGCUAAAUAGAGAGUCUUUUUUUUUUAAUCGUAUGGAAGCUUUUAAGUGGAUUUCAAACAUAUGUGAGACUGGUUGAAACACACCAAAGUGGAGGAAGCAGGGUUUCAAUACUGGGUCAGUCAGCGUUGCAUAUUGAGAGUCAUGCGAUCAAUGUGAGCGAGAGGGAGUCAAGUGCUUUGCUCCACUGUGUGGCCUUUUUUUUUCCCGGUGGCUGUUUGGUGCUGUGGUGAUGAGCAUUAGUGCACUGGAGCAGAGCAGAGUGCAAAUGUUAGCAUUAUCAUCAGUGCCCCCCUUUCACACUUUUAUACACACAUAUUGUAAACACACAGUACAGUUUAGUUCAGGUCACACACCAGAACUGUUCAUCCAUAGCAGAGGAAGGAAUAUGAUCUCAUUUAAAACUCUUCUGACCUUAAAAACUAUUCAAAAUUAUUAAAAAAUAAAACAACUGGGUAAACUCUACAAAUGCUGAUGCAAAAUUACCUGCAUUGCUGAAAGUGAGAAUGUUGAUGGGCUAAUGGGGUUCAAAGAAGUGCUGAUUGUCAGUUCUUCAAGGUUUUGAACACAUCACUGUCAUCCUGAGUGCAAUACAGUUAAUGCAACAAGCUGAUAACGCACAUCAUUUUCUGCUGCUUUUUCUGGAGCUUGUGGAGGAACCGCAAGCGACUCGCUUCCACUCGGAGCGCAAGUAUCAUUUUUUUUUAACAUAAUGCAAACAAAAGUAAGUUUUUAUCUUUUUUAGGGACUGUACAAAAAUUACUGAGUACUAGGUGGCUAGCCAUUUAGAGGAAUAACAUAUUGCAAACCGGUGCUACAUUAGUUUGAAUCAGAGAUGCUCAUUGGCGAAUAAGCAAAAAAAAAUCCUCGAUGGAUCCAGAUUUCCACAUGAUUCCGCAAUUUUGGCUCCAUAUUAGCAUCUAUUAAUGAUAUCAAAUAAAAUAAUCCUGCCGCUCUUUGAGACAUUCCCAAUUGUUACUGGACUUAGUGGAAGAAAUUCUUAUUCUCAUUUGCAGGAUUUGCUUUACUGCCGCUGAAUCAGUGUGAUGAAUGCUUAUAUAUAUAUAUAUAUAUAUAUAUAUAGAGAGAGAGAGAGAGAGAGAGAGAGAGAAGUUGCAUGUUGCAGCCUAACAAUACAUUUGCUGUACUUUUGCUGCUGAUUUUUUUAAAAUUUGGCUGGUAAAAUUGCCAGACUUUCUGCAGAGACAGUGUUUAGUCAGUCGAUAUUAACUAUUUAUCAAGAUGCACAUCAUUGUGCUCCUCCAACAGAUCAGCCCUGUUUGCUGCUCGUUUAUUGGAUUGAGAAAAAGAAAGCCCCAAAGAUAAAGACAGUACUGCUCCACUGCAUGUAUGGCAGAAUGAACCUUAAGACUCGUGCACUUUUUUGAAUUAUUGCUAUUUUUAUCAUGGAUAUUAUUUAUUUAAAACAUCUUAUAAGUGAAAACUAAAAUUAAAUCAGCCCAGUCUUCUAUGUAUUAUGUUCUUGUACAACUAAAUUACAUUGUCAGUUGUGCUUUAAGAAUAUUUUUUCUGCAUUAUGUUGGGCAUCUCUAAUCAACAUAUCUUUUUCAGUGUAUUUAACUGCUUUGUUGUGGCCUCUUUUCUGACAAGCGGUCAUAUAUUAAAUGAGAUGGGAUUCAUCACGGUGGCAACAUAGAAAACAGAGGAGAACCUUCAGUUUUACCUUUAGGGAGGAAACAUUUCUUUCAAAACAUAAAUUAAAUUGCAGUUUAGUUUUGUAAGGCGGUGAUUUUUGUGAAAUGGAUUGAAAUAGAAAAUUAGAACAAUAAACAAUAAAUACAUAACCAUCUUACCUUUCCACUGAUUAGUAAUUUUUGUACAGUCCCUGACUGAACUGUAACGUACUUGAAGCAGACUUAUCCUGUAAAUUUGGGUUUUCAUCUUCACUGCAGUGCCGAUUCUUUCCUUGUAACUUGAUUUUUACAUUUUGAGAUAUUUCCAUAUACUGUACAAUCGUCAAAGCUACAACUCAUGUCCGACACACUGUACCUUCUACCAUUACUGUACCCUCAGAGAAGUUAUCCAGGUGCUCUGAAUGCUUUUUCAUGUUCUGAAACUGCAGCCGCCCACGUGCACUGGACAUUACUAAACGUACGUACAGAGUCCAUCUCAUGAGGGUAGAGAUGAGCUAUGCAAAUGCCUUGUCAUGGCUGCAGAUAAUAUUUGGAGUGUGGGUUCCCUCUGCUGGAUUGAGCAUGGAGGGACUUUAAUCGUGAAAUUAUAUCCUUAUGUUAUACAAUGCAAUCCCUGCUUUUUGCAUCUACAGUAAUAAUGAUCAUGGAUGCAUUAGUGUUGCAACGAGCUGAAGACGCUGAAUUCUUCAUGAACAUCGAGCUUAUUGUAACUCAUCAUCAGAGAAAUUUACUUGAUUCCUGCACAGCUGCGUCUUUGUUACACUACUGUUAACUUAUGGUACUAUACUGUUAAACUGUUGUACUCCACCGGCUGCUCUAAUGUAACAGCAGCUUUUUACAAACACAACUUGUCAUUACUGUUAUGGCAUUUUAUAAGUGAUUUAAGAAAGUCGCGUCACAGACAAUGAACUGAAAUUGUAAAAACGUCAUUAUGAGAAGCCCAAUGAUUUUUUUAAAAAUGCUUUUAGAAGCUGAAUAUGUUAUGCUUUUUGUACCGUGUACACUGCGCUUAACUCAGAAUGAAUUGUGUCUUGCUCUUGUAUCCACACUUAUCAAAAGCCCAAAUAAUGUCAUGAUUUACAUAUAGAUAGCGAAUGUUUUUUUCUUCGAUUUUGGUUGUUUUAUGUGAUGAUAUAAAAUGGCUUUUAGUGCAGUCGGCCCACAUGGUUGAAUGUGUCAUGCUCUUCGUGUUAGUGACAAAAAAAGAAAAGAAAUGGCACCGUUUUGUGAACUGUGUGCCACUUAUUAGCAGCUUUAUAAAUGAAAACAAGGAAAGACGUUUCUCUAGAAAGUGCCUUAGUCAUUAUCUGAGACAGCAAUGAGGUGUGCACAUAGAAGAAAUGAUAAAAACAAUCAUUGAGAAACGAAUUCUUUACCACAUGAAGUCACAUUUUAACUUUGUGAAGGUGUGUUUUUGGGCCACAUCAGGCUCUGAUCUGCAUUUACAGGGUACAAAACAAAAACAAAGUGGACGUGUGGAAGUGUUCGCCCGAGCUUAAAUCUUCAACAUCCAUAGAAAAUUGUCAUUACAUUCAUUGAACUGGCUGGUGAUGACCAGACAUCCAUCUUUUCUUUUCAUUUUCUUGUAAUUCUUUGUUUAUGGAUUUCUUUUUUUAAAGAUCAAUAAACAUAUUCAGAUAGAAAAAAA